GCCGAGCAUUCCGGCAACGGCAGACAACGCGGCACGAUCCAAGCCGAGGUAAACGUCGUGCCACGAUCUCAUUACGUCGCAUCCCCUUUCAGCGUGUAGAACCGCACCAGGAACGCCGCCGGACGGAUCACCCCCGGACCAGCCAUGGGAGUCCUCAAGACCGAGAGCAUCCUCGAGGAGACGAUCCUGCCCAGCGAGGAAGCCAACUAUUCCGUGCAAGGUCACGCCGAAGAAUGGACGGAAACAUUCUCGUAUCAACUGAUGAUAGGCAGCGGAGUCACGUUGAUGGUUUUGUUACUGCUGGCUGCCGUGAGCUUCCAGUGCUCAUCUAGCUGGCGAUGGAUGACAUGGGUGAGGUCGUACAUGAAGGAGGACGACGGUGAGAACGACUUGUCCCAGCAAAACGCCAUACGCAUCAGUCACUCCUUACCGGAUCUCCAGUCUGAACCCAUCACUCACGAAUACGUCCAAGAACAGAAGGAUAACAAGAAGGUGCUGCGCCAGACAACUUUACCCAUUGUCCCGAUGAGGCACCAGAGCUUCCAGAGACAGCUUUCCCACCGACUCGACCUGCCGAAUAUCAAGUUCAGCAUCUGCAACCUGGAGAAUCGCAGCGAUUCCAGCCUCGGAUUGAUCAAGCCGGAACUUUACAAAAAGGAGCUGCAGAGGCAGGAGAGCGCGGAAAGCUCCAGCACCACGGAGAUGGAGUACGCGGGCAAGCUGCAUUUCUCUCUGCUCUACGACAAAGAGAUCGAGGGAUUGGUCGUUAAAGUUCUAGAUGCUCGAGAACUACCGGUGAAAGAUGUGUCGGGCAGCAGCGAUCCUUACGUAAAGAUAUACCUGUUGCCGGACAGAAAGAAGAAGUAUCAGACGAAGGUGCAUCGAAAGAAUCUGAACCCGGUGUUCAACGAGACGUUCAUCUUCAGCGUAUCGUACGAUGAACUGCGGGAACGAUACCUCCAAUUCUCGGUGUACGAUUUCGAUCGCUUCUCGCGGCACGAUCUGAUUGGACAAGUAGUGUUCAAAGGAUUGUUAGAGUGCACCGAUCUGUCCCAAGAGAUCGAGUACAUGAUGGACAUCAUGUGCGCCAUGCAGGACAAAGUGGAUUUGGGAGAGCUGAUGCUGUCGCUCUGCUAUCUACCGACGGCGGGACGGCUAACGGUGACCGUCAUCAAGGCUAGGAACCUGAAAGCCAUGGACAUAACAGGAUUAUCCGAUCCGUACGUGAAGGUGUACCUGCUCUGCCAGGGCAAGAGGAUAAAGAAGAAGAAGACUUCGGUGAAGAAGAACACGUUGUUCCCGUCGUACAAUGAGGCUCUCGUGUUCGACGUGCCCGAGGAGAACAUAGAGGACGUCAGUCUAAUAGUAAAAGUGGUCGAUUAUGACAGGAUUGGCUCGAACGAAUUAAUGGGUUGCACAGCGAUUGGCUCCAGCUUCAUUGGAAUCGGACGUGAUCAUUGGCUGGAGAUGCUGGACAAUCCGAGACAGCCCGUCGCGCAAUGGUAUCCUCUGCUGGAGACAGUCGCUGGCCACAUCCCGUCUGUGAACUCGGAACCGCUUCCGAUGAGUCUGAGCUGCUUAAAUAAAAGAUGAAGACAGCGCGUCCAGAGUAAGGUUUGCGGAGAAUCGCAAUUAUUGUCGGACGUCGGCUUGGGCGUUGUUUCCUUCUGUCGUCAUUUAAUGCACACCGCUUGACUGAUUUAAGUACAAUUUCUAUCUAAAAAAAAAAAGAAAAAACAAAAAACAAGGGCUCCGGAGAAACAAGCAAAAAAUCCACAAAACAACAACCCUAUAAGAAAACAAAAAGCGAAAAAAUAAACACUCUGUGCUUUGGAUUAUAAUCAUGUGGCGAGCGUGGAAUAGUAAACGACUAGUAGAUUGUAGUAGAAUGUUUGUAAAAGCGGUAGUUUAAGGGAGAAACGGGAGAAACGAUGAUAGCCGAGGUUGCUCAAAACUAUAUCACGAUGGUGGAGCGUUUCGAAGGACGAUGGGAACCAUGGAAAACAGUAAAGAAACUAGUCAGAAAGGAGGAGAGUGAGCGA